AUGCUGCACCGGGCGAGAUUUGUUCUAAAGAAUUGGCUGCUCCAUAGCGAUAGUUCCUACUUAUCUGGUAGAGUAAACCCUUGUUCGUUGCUUUCCUGUCUGCGGCUAUUCUCCAGCGACCCAACUGCUCCAGUCCCUUUCGUUGUGUCUUACCUCAUAAACGAAUGCGGGGUUCGUCCUGAAUCUGCUGCUUCUGCUGGUAAGUACAUCCAUUUCGAAACCCCAGAGAGAGCUGAUGUAGUCCUGGGCUUCUUCAGGAACCUGGGUUUCACGGAUUCCCAAUUGACUAAGGUUUUCGGUAGGCGCCCCCGGCUCCUAAUGUCUGAUCCUGAGAAACACUUCAUGCCCAGGAUUAGGUUUUUGGAAUCCAACGGCUUCUCAACCUCCGACAUGGCUCAAAUCUUGCUUAGAACUCCCGAGAUACUUCACGCCAGCAUAGAGAACCAGCUGCUCCCUAAUCUCAACUUCUUCAAAACUGUCAUGCCGUCUGAUGAGAACCUUAUUCGGGCUAUAAGGCGCAACCCGUUCCUUCUAACUUGUGAGCUGGAGACAUAUGUGAUCCCUGGUAUCAGGAUUCUUAGAGAAAGUGGGGCCGGUGAGUCGAGCAUUGUGCGAUUACUCUUGUUUCACCCGAGGACUCUCAUGACUUCACGGAGUCAACUCUCUCAGGCCAUAGAGCGUGUCAAGAAAAUGGGGGUGGAUCCUAGGUUAACGCAAUUCAGUGUAGCUGUUCAGACGAUUAGAGGAGUGAGCAAGGGAACUUGGGACAGCAAGAUUGAUGCUUAUAGGAAGUGGGGUUGGUCCAACAAACUGAUUCUGAAGGCUUUCACGAAGUCUCCAUGGUGUAUGGCAAUGUCUGUGAAGAAACUUAUGGCCAAUAUGGACUACUACGUUAACAAAAUGGGGUUUGAUCCUUUGGUUAUUGCAGCUCGACCUAUAUUACUGGCCUUCAGCUUGGAUAAGAGGAUUAUGCCUCGAGAUGCUGUUCUGUGUGUCUUGUUGUCAAAAGGGUUGAUCGAAUCUAGGGCCUCGGUUCAGGCAUUGGCAAUUACAAAUGAGGGGUUCCAGAAGAAGUUUUUGGACCCUUAUAAAGAGCAGGCUCCUGAACUGUUACAGUUGUUUCAGGAGAAACUUAGAACUUGUUGA